AUGAAAUUUUCGAAUCUUUCGGUGGUUGCCUUGGCUGGCCUCAUUCAUUCGACGACCGCUUUCGCUCCCCUCUUCCCCGCAAAUGUUGAGGUGUCUCAGAUUGUGGCCCCAGGGUCUUCCAUGCUGAUCUCAAAAUCGGAAACCAAACCUGUUUCUGCCAUUGCUGUCGAUAGCGUAAUGCUCAAGACUUUGGAGGACGAAACCAAGGCGGCCGAGCAAGAAGCCAAGGCAGAUGAAAAAAAAGCGAAACUCGAGAGGAAGCGCGAGGCAUUUUUCGAGUACGAAGCAAAAGCGGCAGCCGAAAAGGAAGCACAAAUUGAAGCAGCAGAGCGAAAGGCACUGGCAGAAGCCUUGAACGAUAAAGAACAAGCGCAGAGACUGAAGGAGUUGGAGGAAAAGGCCGAAGUAGAUGAAGCUCGUGCUCUAUCGAAACAGGAAAAGAUUGCAAAGCAAAAGCUAAUCAAGAAACUUUUGGCCGAAGAAAAAGAGAUCGAACGGAAAGAGCGCAAGGCCGAGAAACUCGAAAGAAUAUAUCUCGCGGAAGAAACUCAAGAGAAGAAGAUUCUGCAGCAAAAAUUGGACGCUGCUCGUGCUGAGGAAGAGAAAUAUGCAACUAUUGAAAAGGAAUACGAAAAAGCGGUGGAACUUGCAAAGGAAGAUGAGGAAGAGCUCAGUUUGGUCAAGAAAUUCUUUAUGAACUAA